CGGCCGACUACAUGAUCUACAGAACGGCUGAGGACGGUUGCCUGGUGCCAUUAGCAAGCGGCAAGUAUGGCGGUAGCGCGAGCUGACGGAGCUGUGACUCCGGGAGAAGGAUCAGUGGUGAACUGGUCAGGGCAGGGACUACAGAAAUUAGGUCCCAACUUGCCCUGUGAAGCUGAUGUUCACACAUUGAUUCUGGAUAAAAAUCAGAUUAUUAAACUGGAAAAUCUAGAGAAAUGCAAACAGUUAAUACAGUUGUCAGUGGCUAAUAAUCGGCUGGUUCGGAUGAUGGGCGUGGCCAAACUUACUCAACUCCGGGUGUUAAAUUUACCUCAUAAUAGUAUUGGCUGCGUGGAAGGACUGAAGGACCUAGUCCACUUGGAAUGGCUGAAUUUAGCAGGAAAUAAUCUGAAGACCAUGGAGCAAAUCAAUAGCUGCACAGCGCUACAGCACCUGGACUUGUCGGACAAUAGCAUACCCCAGAUAGGUGACCUGUCAAAACUGGUGUCUUUGAAGACCUUGCUUUUACAUGGAAACAUCAUCACUUCUCUUAGAAUGGCACCUGCUUAUCUACCCAGAAGCCUUUCUAUAUUGUCUUUGGCAGAAAAUGAAAUCCGAGACUUAAAUGAGAUCUCGUUCUUGGCCUCUCUCGGUGAGUUGGAGCAGUUGUCAAUCAUGAACAAUCCUUGUGUGAUGGCAACACCGUCCAUUCCAGGGUUUGACUAUCGGCCGUACAUUGUCAACUGGUGCUUAAACCUCAGAGUACUGGAUGGAUACGUGAUUUCUCAGAAGGAAAGUUUGAAAGCUGAAUGGCUUUAUAGUCAAGGCAAGGGACGAGCAUAUCGGCCUGGCCAGCACAUCCAGCUUGUACAGUACCUGGCUACAGUCUGUCCUCUUAUUUCUGCACUGGGCCUUCAAACUGCAGAGGAUGCCAAACUCGAGAAGAUUCUGAGUAAGCAGAGGUUCCACCAGAGGCAGCUGAUGAACCAAAGCCAAAACGAAGAGUUGUCUUCUCUUGCUCCUGUUGAAACAAGGGCACCUCUUACCCCUGAGUGCUCAAGCCCUGUUCAAGAUUUCCAGGAAAGUGAGCCUGUACUCCAAAUCAAUUCUUGGGUUGGGAUAAACAGUAACGAUGAUCAGUUCUAUGCUGUUAAGAAUAACUUCCCAGCCUCUGCACACACUACAAGAUACUCUCGGAAUGACCUGCACCUGGAAGACAUUCAGACAGACGAGGACAAGCUGAACUGCAGUCUGCUCUCUUCAGAGUCCACUUUUAUGCCCGUUGCAUCAGGACUGUCUCCAGUAUCACCCACUGUGGAGCUGAGGCUACAGGGCAUCAACUUGGGCCUAGAAGAUGAUGAUGACGAUACAGAUGAAGCCGUGCAAAGGCUAGAAAGCCAUGACUUGGACAAGGACAAGGAAAAGCCUUUGUGGGAUACGAAUGAGAGUUCUGCUCAAGUGCUGAAAAGUAAGAUGAGUGCAGAAGUAAAGGAGAAAGCGGGGCUGUUUCCUUGUCCCAAGUCAGUGCUCAUCAAUGCUCUCUUGAAGGAAGAUAACCAUGGUCUUACAUCUUUUCCGGAGUCAGUUGGUCAUAGCGUAUCCCACGUAGAGCCAAACAGUGAAGAAACCACGUCUUCCGCCACUUCAGAGAAAUCUCCCUGCAGAAAUUUUACCGAGAGAUCUGUUGCUUUGGGACAAGAUAAAGUCACUGUUCAGAAACUGAAUGCAGCCGCCACUAAGCUUCAGGCCUGUUGGCGGGGCUUUUAUACCAGGAACUACAGUCCACAGGCCAAAGGGGUACGGUAUGAAAUCCGGCUGCGCAGAAUGCAGGAGCACAUUGUCUGCCUGACCGAUGAAGUAAGGAGAUUAAGAAAAGAAAGAGAUGAAGAGCGUGUGAAAGCUUCUGUCCAAGAAGAAGCUGUCAGAUUCCUUUGGAACGAGGUGAGAUCCCUACAAGCUUGGCAACGGACUGUGGAGCAGCGCCUAACUUCCUGGCAUACCGAUGUUCCUCCUAUAUCUAGUACUCUAGUGUCACCUAAAGCUCCAAUAUUUCCACAGCGUCAGGCCCUCGCUUCUGAUCAGAAUCCUGAUUGGCUCCUUGCUGAGGCUGAAGCGUCUCAAGAGAGAUCUGUUCCAGAAUUCCCAGACUCUGGUUUUCAUUCCUCCCUAACAGAACAAGUUCACUGUUUGAAGGAUUCUUUGGAUUUUGAAAAGAGUUCCAUAGAAAGCAGUGAAAGCUCCAUGUUGGGGAAUUCCUCGGACACAGUGAAAUACGGUGGAGCCGCCAACUUAGAGGCCAUGACUGGGGAGCGCGCAGACUGUAGCAAGGAAAGCUCCAACAGCGAGCAGGACAACACCCUGCUCGAACAGUAUUUAUCUUCAGUCCAGCAGCUGGAUGAGGCCGAUGAGAGGACAGAUUCUGACGAUGUGGCAGGAGACAGUACGUGCCACGUAGCUGGUUCCCCCGAAGGGUUGGAUGCCUCCUCUGAGAUCGAGGCUCCUGGAGUAUCCCCCCCUUUACAGGAUGAGAUUAGCCAGACCCCAGAGAAUUGUAAGUUAAAUGCGGACGUUCAAGGGCAGCAGCCGGAAUGUGACGCCGCAUUUCAGGUGUUGCAUGUGGGUGUCACUGUCUGAUUUAAAUGGGGAACAGAGGUUCACUUGGAUUUUCUCAGUGUUUUCAGUUGCUUCUUUUGCAGGGGGGCAAUCUUACCCCCAAUUUUGUUAUUGUUUAUAUAAAAUUUGUAUUUUGUUCCGUAUUUUUCAGAUUUGAGAACUUGAGCUAAGUCUUCAUUUUGAUUGUACUAAUGUACUAAAAAUAUUGAUAUUAAAAGGCAUAUGCACUUUAUUUCUUAAUAAUUAUACCAAUAAUGUUUCUUUUACAUACUUCCUUUCAAAAACAGUUUCUUAAAGUAUUUUUGGCAAUUUAAACAAGAGAGCUUUGUUCUUCUUAAUUACAUAGUAAGGAAUAUAAUAUGUAGGAUGAGGAUUAUGAACAACUGAAAUUUGCUGGACAGUCUCCUUGAACUAGAAAUAUGUCUUUCCUCCCUUUGAGUUAUAGGAGUGUCUGUAUGUGUGUGUGUAUGUGUGUGUGUGUGUGUGUGUGUAUGUGUGUGUGUGCUGGCAGUUAAACCCAGAGCCCCAGAAUGCUAAGUAUUUGCUCUGCCACUCAACUGUCAUCUUAAUCCUGGAUUAUAAGGUUUUUAAAUGGGGUGAUUAAACUGCCUCAUGACAAACAUUAGCUAAACUGUGGAUCAGUUUUGAAGUAAAGUAUUUCAUAUAAGGUUAAAAUCAAGCUUACUUGGGCAAGAAUAUUUCUCUUUGAUAUGGACAAAGACCACCUAAGGCUAUUCACUUGAAAUAAUGCUGGUCUAAUGUUUUAUAAUUUCAUUAUGUGCUUUUUUAGCCUACUUACAUUUAUGUGCCAAUAUUUUGGAAAGAAACAUAUUGUAAUAAGUCAAUAUGCAUUCAUCAUUAUAUUCUUUUAUUUCUAUAUGUAUUGCACCAGAAGGAUCCAAGAUAUUUAUUUCAUUUUGUGUGUGUGUGUGUGUGUGUGUGUGUGUGUGUGUGAGAGAGAGAGAGAGAGAGAGAGAGAGAGAGAGAGAGAGAGAGAGAGAGAAAGAGAGAGAGAGAGAGAUAUACUGGGGACCCAAUCUAGGGCCCUGUGCGUGCUAGGUAAAUACUGUACUUCUGAGCUGCACUCUUGACCUUUGUUUCACAGUGAAGAACAUUUAAAAUCCUACUACUGAGAGAUUGGGAAUGGAUUUUUAAAAAGGAUUUUUAUCUAAUCUCUGAAAAAAGCCAUAUUUGAAAGAAAAUUUAUUUGUAGUUAAGAAAAAAAUAAGCCAGGCUGGGCCUGGUGGUGAGCAUGCCUUUGAUCCCAGCACUUGGAAAGCAGAGGCAGGCAUGUUGUAAUAGGAGCGGCAGGGCUGCGUCCCCGGCACCCGGCCGCCCACAUGGCUAGUUUAUACCCAGAAAUAAUUACACGGAAACUGUAUUCUUUCAAACACUGCCUGGCCGGCUAGGUCCAGUUUCUUAUUGGCUAGCUCUUACAUAUUGUUCUAACCCAUUUCUAAUAUUCUGUGUAGCCCAUGAGCUGGCUUACCAGAGAGGAUCUUAACCUGCGUCUGUCUGGAGUGGGAGCAUCAUGGCGACUCUCCACCAAGACUCCUUCUCCCAGAAUUCUCCUGUUUUCUCCACCCACCCAAGGGUGGGCCUUAUCAAGGGGCCUAGGCAGUUUCUUUAUUAAUAAGAAAUCACUCCCACAUCACAGGCAGAUCUCUAUGAGUUCAAGAACAAUCUCUGGUCUACAGAGUGAGUUCCAUGUCAGCCAAGGCUAAAUUAUAGACCCUGUCUCAAAACAAACAAACCAAAGAAACUCAACAACAAGACAAUAAAAACAGCAACAAUUAAAAAAAAAAGAAAAAUAAAACUAAGAAAUCUUUCAGAAAUAAUAAUACUGUGUUUGAAUGUUGAAGGUACAUCUGAAAUCAAAGGCGACAAUUGGAAUCCUGGCAUUAUGUCGCUUAGAAUGUUCUCAUUAAAGAGCACAGCACACAUCUGAUUUUUCUAUCUGCAUACAAGCAACUUUCACAAUUCUGGCAAUACUUCUGUUGUCUAAACUUUGGUGCUAAAUAUCAUCAAUUAUUCUGUUAUAGCCAUUAGAGCCCCUUAACUGAAGAUACAUACAAUAAAAAUUCUGGUCCUUCUGAAAUAAAGCUGAGGACCACAUGGUAUUUUUUGCUGACAGGAAUAUUUCUGCACUACGGUGAACAAUAUUUCACUAGUUUAUAAAUUUAUAGCACUCGGGUGGAGAAGACUCACAUUCAUUCUCAGAAAUCCAGAAUUCACAAUAGCAGUCCUAUAGUGUGUUACAUUGAAUGCAUGGUGGAUAAAAGCUGACAAUUUAACUUUCUGAAUAAUAAUUACCUUUUAUUCCUCUGAGCCAUCUCUCCAGCCCCUACAUUUCUUUUAGAGAUAUUUAAUUUGUGUGUGUUUGUGUGUGUGUGAUAGAGUGUAUGUUUGUGUAUAUGUGUGUGCGCUUGUGUGUAUGUGUGUGUGAAAGAGAGACUGUGAGUUUGCCCUUGAAUUUGGAGUUACAGGUGUUUGUGAGCCAUUCAUGUGGAUGCUGGGAUCCACACUCCAGUUCUCUGAUAGAGCAGUAAGCACCUUAACUACUGAACCAUCCCUUCAGUCCUAUCUUUCAUUCCUUUUUUAAUGAGAUAAGAAAUAUUCUUAUUUUUCUAUUUUUGUAGUUAAGCGCCUCAUUUGCUGCCCACAGUUAAAGAAAAACUCACUGUACUAGUACCAAACCUGUCUCACUGUUUGUUAAUUUUCAGAAGAGUGGCCGAAGUGCCACGCUUCAGCCUGAGUACGUUUAUAUUAGCAUCUUCAUCCUUGUUCUUUCUCUUUUUCUCCCCCUUUCUCUUUCCCUCCCUCCCUUCCUUUUUUUCCUUUUUGGUUUUUCGAGACAAGGUUUCUUUGUGUAACAGUUCUGGCUAUUUUGGAACUCACUUUGUAGACUAGGCUUGCCUUGAACUGACAGGGAUCUACCUGUCUCUGCCUCCCAAGUGCUGGUUAAAAUGCUAAAAUGUGUGUGCCACUGUUGUGUGUGUGUGUGGGGGGGGUUUCUGACCCGCCUUGUUCCUGCAGUUGUUAAGUCCCAAAGAAAUCAUACAGAAGUCUACAUUAGUUAUAAACUGAUUAGCUUAGUAUCUCAGGCUUCUUAUUAACUCUUACAACUUAUAUUAGCCCAUUAUUCUUGCCUUUGUUAGCCACAUGCUCAGUACCUUACUUGGCGGGGCAGUCACAUCUUGCUUCUGUGGCUGGGACAGGACUGUGGACCAAGCUUUCUUCCUCCCAAAAUUCUCCUGUUCUUGUCACCCCGCCUCUACUUCCCUCCUGGUUGUCCUGCUUAUACUUCCUGCCUGGAUACUGGCCAAUCAUCAUUUAUUUAAAAUAUAAUUGAUAGGAUACAGACCAUUGUCCCACAGCACUUCCUCCUCUUUUUUUAAAAAAAACAACUCUGAAUCUAAUGUUCUUUGUUUAGCAUUUCUCCUCACCAUUAGCCGUAACAACUUAUAACCAACAUUCUAAACAAAGGAAAAUAUACAUAGUCCAUUUUUGGGGGGAAUGUGGGCAUAAUUUUCCAGGCUACUUCCUGCUAGUCGGGGGCACUGAUAAUCUUAUAGGGACCUAAAGAAAAUUUAUAAUUAUCAUCAAGUCAUGACUGGAGUAUCCUGUGAGGCUUGAUCAUCUCAGGCAGCAGUCUUGAAUCUGUUCUGGAUGUAGAACUCAGAAAUCUGGGCCAUCUGCUCCUAUCAGAUUUCUCAGAUAGUCUACCUUGAUCAAACCUGAUUUUUCUUAACUCAGAAUGAAUCCAUAGCCUCUCAUUUUCUGUGGAAACAAAAGCAAAACCUCUUCUCCAAAGUAACAUACUUUUUGACUUCAAUUUUGAAGUCAAGGUAUUUUCAAAAUAUCUAUCUUGGAUUAAUUCAGCAGCAUUUAUGAACAAAUAUCUUUUAGCAGCUGUUGCUCCUUCCUCAGCAUUCAAACAACUCAAAGAGAACAUAAUAACAUACAAUAUCCAGAUUCUCUGUGUGUUUUCCAUCUUUACGUGGCUUUAUUUUAACCUCUAUUUCUUUUAUUUUUAGUUUAUAGCUUUUUGAGACAGGGUUUCUGUGUAUCUUUGGCUGUCUUGGAAUUCACUCUGUAGACCAGGCUGUCCUUGAACCCACAGAGCUCUGCCUGCCUCCCAAGUGCUGGGAUUAAAGGUGUCUGCCACAAGGCCUUGAAUUCACAGAGGUCUGCCUGCUUCUGUCUUCCAAGUCUUGGGAUUAAAGGUGUGUGCUACCACACCCAACUACUCUCUCUUUUUUUUAAUUUUAAGGACUUUAACCUUUUUUUUCUUUCCCAAGCCUGCAUAUAUUUUUAAUACACUGUAAAACAUUUAGAGGUUUUCUUCAUCUUUGAAUCUCUCUUUGCUGUAUAUCUCUCUUUUUCUGAUCACAUUGAGUCUUUAAUUUGCUAAGUGAUAUGGCUAGAAUUAAAGCCGUGGCUUUGGUGGCUGGAUCCAGACCAUUUCUUAGCUUUCUGAGAUUCCAGCCUCAUGGCAGAGGUACUGGCCAGAGACACGUUUAUUGCCACAACUCUAUGGCAUUUCAAGAUCCCUGCCACCACCAAAAAGCAUGUGGUCAGCUUUUCAUUGACACCAUUUAAGUGUUUCAUGUCAGGACCUCUUAAAAGCGCUGCAAGGUUUUGCAGCUAAAGCUGAGUCAGGAAGCCUCUCUUAAAUGAGAGUGCUUGCCUCUAGCGAGCAGAGCAAACCCAAGAAAGUGCUGCUAUCAAUAAGCCAUCCUUAACUCUAUUCUUUUCUAUCUAGAAUAACUUCCCAAGCUCUCUCAGGCUUUUAAGUAGAUUUGGUCAGCCCCACAUUGGCACGCCAUUCUGUUGUCAUGGGUUUCUGUCCCACCUGGUCCCUGCAUGCCACCACUGCCUGGCUUCUUCCUCCUUUUUCUAAGUAAUGGCAGAUACAGCCAUUUGAUCUGAUUGGCAUUGUCAGCAGAAUUCAUUUUUCUUUUGCUGUUUUUCUUGUCUGAAAAAUGGCAUUCAACAUAUUUUUAUGAAAAACCUGGCAGAAUGUGAUAAUUAUUAAUAUUCUGCUUUAUCUUUUUUAUUUUUACUAGAUUUUGGAAGUAUGAGAAUAUUAAGUAGCACACUUUGAGUUGUAGAGUAUCUUGAAUGUAGAUGAAAGUACUGUAAAUCAGAAUGUAGAAAAACUACAGCAUAGACUUAAUAUUUUUAUUGUUUAUAUAAUUUAAAAGUAAUUUAUGUAAAAAAGUAAUUUAUGUAACUAAGAAAUAGUAAUUAUGUUACUGUGUUCUUUAUUAGAUUGGCUGAAGAUCAAUCAGGUAAUGUUUGGGGAGCUGGAUUUUGGACAUGGGCUUUUCUGACAGGAGAGGUUUUGUUCAGUUGUGCUCUUUUUACUCAUAGAAGUUCUCUUGUUUAUGGAGUAUUUGAUUAUCAAUUGGAAUACUUAAGAAACAUAAGCUCAUAUCAUGUGAGAAUAACAAGGAGUCCUAAAAUUAUCUACUGAAAUUAUUAUUAUUAUUAUUAUUAUUAUUACUACUACUACUACUACUACGACAAUGACGACGACGAAUACUGUUAUUAUACUGCAGUUCAAAAGAGCUGCUGGCCACACAGCAGGGACUGACUUUUUCGUUUUGAGUAGGAACAGAAGCCCAGGGGUGAUAUCCGACUUCUCUACGGUUGUAGCAGUCAGUAGUAAACUGUGGAGACAUGUUACUGUAUUCCAAACUCCUUGUUCCUUCUCUGUUAACUUUUCCAUUUAGUGAGGGCAAAAGUCUCUGCAUUUUAAAGAGGAAACAACGCUUUGAAGGGAUACCUUCAAUGGCAGAGUUGUAGCAAACACCUAAAUCUUUCAGAACUUUGAAUGAAUGUUCUCCAAAAAAAAAGUGUGAUUUCAUUAAAAUUGUUUAUAGAGCAACAAUAACAGUAGGGAAUGGUGGCACGUGUGUAUGAUCAUAGUGCUUGGUUGUGGAUGGAGGGGUCAGGAGUUCAAGGCCACCGUUAGCUAAGUAGUGAGAGUCAGAUGCCAGCCUGGGCUACCUGGGAUUCUGUCUCAAAAAACAGCAAUAGUGAAGUUAAAACUUUAGGAAAGACCCACUGUCUGGGACUACAUUUAUUUGUUGACAGGUAGUAUUAUAGGAUGCCAAAGUAGAUACAGUUUUUUCAAGAAACACUGAUUUUGAUGUUUCAUCUUGCCUUUUAUAGGACAACAGAUCAGAAUUUUACUCUCUCAGUGUGAGAAAGGUCUAAUUAGGACAGCUGAUAAUAUUCAAGCCGUUUGCUUUUUAUGUAUAACUAUAAAAGGACACCAUACUAUGCAUGUUCUAGAAAAUGUUUGGUCACAUAGUUGUAUAUUUGUAAAUAACUUCAUUCUUUAAUUACAUGAGCACCAUUCUUGAGUGUAUGUUUUUCCUUUAUUUAUUUUAGGUUAUUUUAAUUAUUAAUUAUACAGGUGCCAUUCUUGAGUGUAUAUUUUUCCUUUAUUUAUUUUAAACAUCAUAAUAGUGUACUUUCCUGUUAUCUAUCUAUUUAAGACAAGUCUAGUAAUACUUUUCAGAAAUACUUUCAGGAGUAUGCAGGAUUUAAAUAUUAUCCUAUAUCUCCUGGUAAUUUCUUUAUAUAAAGUAUUAAGAUUGGAUUUAUAACAAUAAUAUUUUUAUUUCUAAAGUAAGAAGGAGAAAUACAGCCUGGCAGUGGUGGCGCACGCCUUUAAUCCCAGCACUCAGGAGGCAGAGGCAGGCGGAUCUCUGUGAGUUCAAGACCAGCCUGGUCUACAGAGCUAGUUCCAGGACAGGAACCAAAGCCACAGAGAAACCCUGUCUUGAAAGACCAAAAAAAAAAAAGGAAGAGAAUACAGUCGUUGGAUUAUUUCUCAUUCAUAAAAAAAAGAAAAAAAAACUGGCUUGGUUACAUGGUGGUUUAAUAUAGAUUCUUAUUUUGCGCCACCUGUGUUAAAAGGAGUUUAUUAUAGUUAUGUUUUAAACUUUAUUUAGUACUUUUUCCCUUUCUUUCUCUUUCUUUUUUUUUUCUUUUUUCUUUUUCUUUGUCUUUUUGAGACAACAUCUCUCUAUAAAGUUCUGCUGUCCUGGAACUCACCAAGAUCCUCCUGCCUCAGCCUCCUGAGUGCUGGGAUCAAAGGCAUGUGCCACCAUACCCAGCCAUAGUACCCUUAUUCUUGAAGUGAAGCAGAAGUAGUUUGUAAGGAACAUUUAAAAAAAAUUUUUUUUGAGAUGUUGUGGGGGGGGGAGGGUCUCACUAUGUUGCCUAGACUGGUCUUGAGCUCCUGACCUCAAAUAAUCCUCAUGAUUCAGCCUCCAGAGUAGUUGGGACUACAGGCAUAGAAACAUUAAAUUCUAAAUUUUCAUGAUAAAGCCAAUUGUGCCAUAUUAAAAUUAAAAAUCAAGUAAACAAGGCCGUCCUCAUAGCCUUGGAGAGAAAUUAAUCACUGUCCUUUUAGAAUGAGGUGCUUCUCAUCUGUGACUGAAUAGAAAUCACACUGGAUUUGAAUUCUUUUAUUGAUUUUAGUGACUAUUCAGUUUCUUUGAAUGUUUUGUAAUAAUCUGUGUGUGUGGUGUUGGCAUUCCGGGCAAGCAUGUGCCACUUAACUACACUGCAGCCCUGUGUGUCAGAAUAUCACUGAUGUUGGCAAUAAGAGUUUAAAAAUUAUUUGACUUUGUACUAUUUUAGUUUUUUAUAAAAUGUUACUAUGAAUAGUGUAUAUCUAAGGUGACUGGCGUCUGUUUGAUGAAGGCUGUUUCAUGUUGUACUUUCCGUUUGAACUUGAGUUUGUCUAAUCUUAAAUAAAACUUUAUACCUUUGGGUGCGA